UAAAUAAAAAUAAUUGUAGAAUUGUUAAAAAGCUUAAGAAAGUGAUAGAUACUGAAGAAAAGAGAAAGUAUGGAAGGAAUUCAACACAAAACAGUGAUUGUCAAUGGCAUCAACAUGCACAUAGCCGAGAAAGGGGAAGGUCCAUUGAUUCUCUUCCUUCAUGGCUUCCCUGAGCUCUGGUACUCGUGGCGCAACCAGAUCAACGGUUUAGCCGCCCUCGGCUACCGUGCUUUGGCGCCCGACCUCCGCGGUUACGGCGGAACAGAUGCACCAGAUUCCGUCGCCGAUUACACUUGCUGCCACGUGGUGGGAGACCUCAUCGCGCUUCUGGACACAGUGGCGCCGCCGGAGAAGGAGGAUAAGGUGUUUGUCGUUGGGCACGAUUGGGGUGCCAUCAUUGCUUGGUACUUGUGCUUGUUUAGACCGGACCGGGUUAAAGCUUUGUUCAAUUUGAGUGUGCCGUUUAUUCCUUAUGAUCCUCGGUUUAAACCGGUCGAGACUUGGAAAGCUUUCUAUGGGAAGGAUCAUUACAUCGUCCGGUUUCAGGAACCUGGAGUAAUAGAAGCAGAGUUUGCAGAGAUUGGUGUAGGACGAGCAGUUUUGGAGCUGUUAUCGUAUCGGGUACCCGACCCACUUUAUUUACCAAAGGGAAAUCUAUUCGGGCAUCCACUAGAUUCUCCGGUUAACUUGCCGCCAUGGCUGUCGGAGAAAGAUGCCGAUUACUAUGCCACCCAGUUCCAAAUAACCGGCAUCACCGGUGCCCUCAAUUAUUACCGCAAUUUUGAUCGAAACUGGGAACUAUCUGCACCAUGGUGGAAAAGCCAGAUCAAGGUACCUGUAAAGUUUGCAAUGGGGGACCUUGAUCUUGUGUAUACAAUGCCUGGUAUGAAGGAUUAUAUUCACAACGGUGGGUUCAAAAGGGAUGUGCCCUUCCUUGAAGAAGCUCUUGUCAUCAAUGGAGUUUCUCAUUGGAUCCACCAAGAAAUACCUGAUCAAAUCAAUCAAUUAUUUAUGGAGGGAAUUCAACACAAAACAGUGAGCGUCAAUGGCAUCAACAUGCACAUAGCCGAGAAAGGGGAAGGUCCUUUGAUUCUCUUCAUCCAUGGCUUCCCUGAGCUCUGGUAUACAUGGCGCCACCAGAUCAACGGUUUAUCUGCCCUUGGCUACCGUGCUUUGGCGCCCGACCUCCGUGGUUACGGUGGAACCGAUGCGCCGGAUUGCGUCGCCGACUACACUUGCUUCCACGUGGUGGGAGACCUCAUCGCGCUUCUGGACACUGAGGCGCCGCCGGAUAAGGAGGAUAAGGUGUUUGUCGUAGGGCACGAUUGGGGUGCCAUCAUUGCUUGGUUCUUGUGCUUGUUUAGGCCGGACCGGGUUAAAGCUUUGUUCAAUUUGAGUGCGCCGUUUAUUCCUUGCGAUCCUCGGUUUAAACCAGUCGAGACUUUGGAAGUUCUCCUUGGGAAGGAUUAUUAUAUCGUUCGGUUUCAGGAACCUGGAGAAAUAGAGGCGGAAUUUGCAGAGAUUAGUCUAAGACGAGCAGUUUUGGAGCUGUUAUCAUACCGGAUACCCGACCCACUUUAUUUACCAAAGGGAAAUCUAUUCGGGCAUCCACUGGACUGCCCGGUUAACUUGCCGCCAUGGUUGUCGGACCAAGACGCCGAUUACUACGCUAACCAGUUCCAGGAAACCGGCAUUACCGGUGCCCUCAAUUAUUACCGCAACAUAGAUACAGACUGGGAACUAUUAGCACCAUGGUGGAAAAGCCAGAUCCAGGUCCCUGUAAAGUUUGCAAUGGGGGACCAUGAUCUCGUAUAUACAAUGCCUGGUGUCAAAGAUUAUAUUCACAACGGUGGGUUUAAAAGGAAUGUGCCCUUUCUUGAAGAAGCUCUUGUCAUCAAUGGAGUUUCUCAUUGGAUCAAUGAGGAAAUACCUGAUCAAAUCAAUCAAUUAUUGUUCGAUUUCUUCUCCAAGUUCAAUUAAAAUUAAAUAACAAUAUCAAAUUUAGUAAAAAUAAAAAGGUCUUACCUUUGUUGUUGUGUUUUAUCUUUCUCGAUAAUCGAAAGAGUUUACGUUAAGACUUA